AUGGCAGUGUACAGGAAAAAUUUAGAUUGGAGAAAGGGAGCUCAUCAGAUUGUGUGCGAGUCGGAUUGUAAGGAUCUAAUUGAUAUAGUGCAAAAGCGUGCCCAGACUUCCCAUCAUGCUCAAGUGGGGAUCCUUCAGGAGAUUUAUGGGCUGGUUGGUAGGUGCUGGCGAGUGGAACUUUGCUGGAUACCAAGGGAGAUUAAUGGUGCUGCAGAUUGGAUGGCCAAUCAAGGUGCAAGAAGCAGGUGGAAAGGAACUCAGUUUGUUGACUCUCCAGACCAGGAACUUGAAGUCUUUGUACUUCAAGAUAAGUUAGGAGUGCUUUAG